UAAAACGGCUAUCCCUCUGAGACAUUUUCUCUCAUGUUCACCAGUUCAAAGAGAAGGGUUACUCAGUGACCAGUUGCUACCUGGACAAAAAGGUGAGACAGUGCACAAUCCCUUCUGACUAGGGCUAACAGAUUCAUCAAGGCACUGUGUUACUAAAACAGUGGUCUCUGAACAAAGUGCAAUCACACACAUUAUAAGCAGGUAAGACAAGAAGAGGCUGCCAGAAAUAAAUCUGAUUUUUCUUGUUGUUCAGUAUAGUGACUAAAACCUUCACUUUACUCUGCUGAUAAAUGAGAGAGGCUGUAGAUCCAGUAAUUAAUUGACCAGCUCUUUGCCUGUACAUCCAACAGGUGUUCUAGUAACUAUGACAAUGGGGAGAUGUAGUCCCCCUCCCCACAUACAGAUACACGCACUGUGCCCCUAACUAAUAGAAGCAGCCUCUUUGCUACUGAGCAGUAAGAGCUGGUGUGCAGAGAGUCCGAGGAGCAGAAGCUGAACGGAGACAGAAGUCAUGCACAGAGAAUGCAACAGGGCUGAUGAGCUAACAACGUGUGCUUCAUUCUCCAGCUGAACUGAAAAUCGCUCCAAGAGCUCAGCUUGCGACGGUGAUGACUUGGAUAAAAAUAGUAUCUCCUUUCGUCUCCUACCUUGGAACUGGAGCAGGCUGCCCUAAAGACUGAGAAUCCUUGAACUGUAUGGGGAUUUUUUGAAGGCAAAAAGCCCCAGUUCUGCAGGUGCCUUUCAUGCAUUAUCUUGAAGCUCUGAAAACCUGGGAUGAGUGCAGGAGGACUCUAGCAGUGGAUCAAGAUAGCAUUCAUCCCCAAAGCAGAGUCGCUGCUCCCACUCUGAGAGCAGGUGGCUGCAGCUAGAUAAAGAGAAACAUUAAGGAGCGACUCUGAUCUCAAGACUCCAGUCUACCUGCAAACAAACUACACUCUAAUAUACUGAAGCAAGAAUUGGGAUCGGGCUGUCAUGGAAGGUGAUAUUUUUCUCCCCUCCAAUAGCAGCUCAUCAUACUCCAGGAAUGACAGCAGAAGUCGUGUCUCCAGGGAGAUGUACAUUUUUUCGUCCUACUAUCAGCAUUCUUCCCCCAUAGCAGCCAUGUUCAUCCUGGCCUAUAUCUUCAUCUUUCUGAUGUGCAUGAUUGGCAAUAUGCUGGUCGGUGUCAUCGUGCUGAAGAAUCGGCAGAUGCGAACUGUCACCAACAUGUUCAUUCUCAACCUGGCUAUCAGUGACCUGUUGGUAGGCAUCUUCUGUAUGCCGACUACCUUAGUGGAUAACCUAAUCACAGGUUGGCCAUUUGACAUCAUCAUGUGUAAAAUGAGUGGACUGGUGCAGGGGAUGUCUGUCUCAUCUUCAGUUUUCACUCUGGUGGCCAUUGCAGUCGAAAGGUUUCGUUGUAUUGUUUACCCCUUCAGACAGAAACUAACCCUAAGGAAAGCCCUGAUCACAAUAGUUAUCAUUUGGUUUUUGGCCUUGAUAAUCAUGUGCCCCUCUGCAGUCACCUUGACAGUUAUCAGGGAUGAAUAUCAUUUCAUGGUGGAUGCGUACAACAAUUCCUACCCACUCUACUCCUGCUGGGAGGCAUGGCCUGACAAGGGAAUGCGAAAGAUCUACACAACUGUACUCUUUUCUCACAUUUAUGUAGCCCCUCUUACCUUAAUUGUAAUCAUGUAUACACGGAUUGCUUUCAAACUUUUCAAGUCCUCUGUGCCCAUAGGAGACUCCCAAUCAGAGGAAAAUGAGGGGAGGAGGGUCUCUAAGAGGAAAGUCAAGGUUAUUAACAUGUUGAUCAUAGUGGCAUUGUUCUUCUCGCUCUCCUGGUUGCCCCUCUGGACUUUAAUGCUUCUGACAGAUUAUGGAAACCUAACGGAGUACCAGCUCAACCUGAUCACAGUUUAUGUUUUUCCAUUUGCCCAUUGGCUGGCAUUCUUCAACAGCAGCAUCAACCCAAUCAUCUAUGGGUAUUUCAAUGAGAACUUCCGAAGAGGGUUCCAGGAGGCUUUCAAGGUCCAGCUUUGCUACAUAGAGAGCAAGCACAGAGAUACUUAUUCAGAGAGGAACAAUAAUGGGUUCCUUUUUGGAGCACGAAACCGCAUUUUUGUUGAAGCCCGCCCUAGUGAUUCAGUACAACCCUCUGAGUCUGGACAAAGUAAUCUCCCAAGAAUUGGGUUAUUUCCUCUCAGGAAUGGGUGUAUUGGUCACCAUGGGCUGAUGGUGGAGGACUUGGACAAUACAGGUUGUUCACACAACAGUGUCAGUGUCCCCGCUUGGGAUAUCUAAGAAUACUGCAUAUGGGGCUCCCAUAGUUGAUGGACCUUUCAGUGGACAAUCCUGAAGAUCUGUGAACCAUAAUAUUUGAAAACAAACGCUCUCCAUUUUGAUUGGAAGAUGUCUGAAGAGCAAACUAUUUAUAAUGAUGGACAUCUAGACAAAAAAGCUAUUCAAUUUUAAGGACUAGAUCGCUAAAGGUUUAUAUACUUAUGUUUGGUACUACAUGCAAAAGAGAAGGCUUCAUGUUGAAGUUUCCAGAUGUAUUAUUGUCUCCUACACUUUUGUGUGAAUUAAGGAAUAUUUUACAGAGGGAUUUUUAGGAUCCAGACCUAUGAUGAGAGAGGACCCAGGAACAGUAGUUAUUCAGUGAGAUAACUGUGGUGGUAAUGCAGAGCACAGCCAUUACUUGUUGGUUACCUUAUGGAAUGCACUCAAGCUGGCUAGGCUGCUUCAUUUGAAAGAAAGAUCAAAGGAAAGGCAAAAAUUUAGCCAGGAGUGGGGGAAUGGCAGUGACAAAUAGGCAAUGUAUAAGAAUGCAUCUGUGCUGGAAAUAAGAUAAUUAUUGGGAAAAAUCACAUGUACCACCUGGGAGCCAAUUCUAAACCCUUGAUUCUUCAGCUCAAAAAACCAAACAACCAAACCUAGCUUUUACAACUGGAACUAAGAGACUCUUUCUUUGUUGUUACCAAUAGCUAGUGCAUUAUAUAUUAACCUCCUUCCUAGCCAGCUAACCAGAUCUUGUCACACACAACUGAGAUUCAAGGAAUUAAACUCCAAAAAACGAGGCACCAAAUCUAUAGUAAAUCCAUGUGCUGUAGACACCAGACAGAUGGCUAAAGAAGGCACCACACUAGCGUCUAUUGCUGCAUCAUACAUCAUCAGCUAAAAAGGAGCUGUUACCUCACUGAGGAACAGAGAUGUUUUUCUGCUUUUAGCAUUAGACGGGGAAUUGUGUCCCCCUGUAUUUUAACUUCUGAUUGCAAGCAUAGAGAAUGGACCAUGGUUUUGAAUUAUUUGGGCCCUGUUUGCCCAUAAUACACUGCUAUAUUUUUUUCUGAAAACACAGUAAAUUUGUCACUUUAUUAUUUACACUUUUAUUUUUAAGUUGUAAAUUAUUUUAAUUCUCAAAAAUGAUUGGCUUACCCCACUAGUUAGAGCCAGGCCUAGUGCAACCACUUAUUUAUUAGCUAUUUCUUACUAUCUCUAUUCUCCUUGUAACACUUUGAUUCCUCAUUUUUUCAGGAAGAACGGCUCUUGUGCAAGAGCAGUUUUUUGCAG